GAUACCGCCCCAGCCGCAGAUGCAACAAGCACACCUUCCCCAACAGCCACACCCUCCGUACCCGAACAACUACAACUCACCACAGCAGUAUCGCCAACCCCAGCAAGCAUCGUCGUAUAGCGCAUCGCCGCAGAGGACAUCAUGCCGACCACUGGUCUUUGAAUUCGUCGAAGGAACCAGUGACAAGCUCUACUUCCCCUCAUACAGCUUCAUGGAAUGGUUGCCCAAUGGAUCGGGGGUAAAGAUUUCUUUCUUGGUCACCAAGAUGAAACCAAAGCCAGAGACUCCCGUCAAACCGCCAUCUACGCCUGCUCCGAAGGCAAUUCAAACGCCCCAGCCUACACCAGGUGUUCCUUUGAAUGCAACCCCUAGUGGACUACAGCCGAACAGCGCGACGCCCACACCGAACCCCAACGCCCCUGCGGCGUUACAAUCCGCUGCCCCACCAAAUCCGACAGCCUACGUUCCACCUCCACGAAUAGAAGACUUUGAUGAGAAGAACGACAUUGCCGAUAUCGAGUUCUACCAGCCCGUCACAGUGCUCCUUCUUACCGAUGAUCCCGACAUUAUACGUUCACUGCCUCGCGCGGUCCGGCCUCCAGAUGUGGUAGAAAAAUACAUGAAUGAGGUCUUUGACAAAUGCAAGCGCGCAGAGGAGACAUAUCUCGCAUUCAAGUUGCCGAGAGACGGUGAAGAGCUGCCAGAGAAGAGAGUGCGGAGUGGCGAUGUGACACCUGCUGUGGCCACGCCGACACAUGAUGCAUUCAUGACAAGCCAGGGAACGGGGAUGAAUAGUCUGCUGGAGAAGAAGAAAGCUGGAAGACCAAGGAAGAGCUUGGUCUAAUUACCACAUGUACCAAUAUUGGAGCGUUAGUAGAAGAAAGUAUGAGUAACUCGAGCCCGAGGGCGUCGAGAUAGAGAGAACAAAUGAUACCCCGGA